UGAUCACAUGAUAUCUCUACCAGACAUCGAGCUCGACGUCAUAAAAUGGAACAACUCCAUCGAAACCGAUCUGGUCAUCACCGAAAACAGUAUCAACAUCACAGACAUAUACCACGUGAUCGUAUCAGACGUGCCCGGAGAACAGUGUGAGAACUUCACCAGUGACAACGUGUCAGUGUGCGAAACUACAACUAAGUAUGACAGCAUAGAAAUUAGUGUUGUGAUAGUGCUUUUUCUGUUGAUAGUGGUGACAGUUAUUGGUAACACUUUAAUAAUAUCGGCCGUUGUGACGACUAAGAGGCUGAGGACCGUGACGAAUUGCUUUGUGACGAGUUUGGCGGUGGCUGAUUUGCUGGUCGGCAUUUUUGUGAUGCCGCCGGCUAUUGCUGUGCAUAUUACUGGUAAAUGGGAGCUCGGCUGGAUCUUCUGCGAUAUCUGGAUCAGCCUGGACAUCCUCCUAUGCACAGCGUCCAUCCUCUCCCUCUGUGCGAUCAGCGUGGACCGGUACUUGGCUGUGACCAGGCCUCUGACGUACUCCAGGAGACGGCGGUCGAAGAAGCUGGCUUUGACCAUGAUCUUCUUCGUCUGGAUUGCUGCUGGUGCGAUCACGUGCCCUCCUAUGUUUGGAUGGUACGAGCCAGACCACAACCAAGGAGGGGUCUGCCGCUACAACCAAAACCCGGGGUACGUGGUCUUCUCAGCCAUGGGGUCGUUCUUUCUGCCCAUGAUCGUGAUGGUGUACGUCUACGCGAGGAUAUCCUGUGUGGUUGCGAGAAGACAUCACCAACUGGCCAGCACUGCCACUAAGUGUAAUAAGAGAGGGAAGCUAUCGUGUAUCCGCACUGAGUCGGACUCUGGGUCUGACAAGCUGUCCCUUCGCCAGAGUGCCUCAAAACAGACUUCGAAGACGUCGAACCAGCAGAGUGACUGUUCCUCUCAAGGUGACCACAAAUGCCCUUGCUGCUUCCGCGCUGAAAAAAAGAAUCGCCAGUCCAAAUUCAACAAGUGCAAGGAGAAAGAGUCCCGCUUCUACAACGAGGUCACCUUCAAAGCCAACUUUAAGUAUAAGAACACUCAGAGACACAGGACCCAUUCUAUGAAAGACCACGUCGAUAAUAAUAGAGUCUCUUCUCUAAGACGCGAGACGAAAACAGCUCAAACGUUAAGCCUAGUUGUCGGUGGCUUUGUCGCUUGCUGGUUACCAUUCUUCGUUUACUACAUACUUACCCCUUUCAUUCCUUCUAACUACGUCAACCCUGUAUUGAUGUACAUCCUGACUUGGUUAGGAUGGUUCAAUUCUGCUAUAAAUCCGUUCAUUUACGCGUUUUACUCCCCGGAUUUUCGGCUCGCGUUUUGGAGGUUGACAAUACGCAAAUGUAAGAGGAAUAAGCAUUAAAAGUUUUGUUGUUACAGGAAUCUGUGGGAUUCUGUUAUCUCCGAAUUGAUGUUUCGAAUGCAAAUAACGGGCGAAGUUGUAAUUGUUCUUUGGAGCAUUUGUUGUUUUUCUGUCUUAAUUACUUGUUUGUUAUUACAGUAAUAGAAAAUGACAACAAAAAGUAUAUCUGUC